UCCGUCAGCUGUGGUCAGCUGUACUCAAAUUAUAUUUUGAAAUUUUUUUCAACUUUAAUCAAUUAUUAACCUAUCAAUAUGAGUGAUUUUGAUGUAAGCGACCUAGACAGUGACGAAGAAAAUGACCUGCAAGAUUUAGAACAAUUGAACGCUGUAUUAGAGAGUGAGGAUCCCGGGCCAAGUGCUGAACUGCGAGAAGCCUCCAUAUCUGGCUCAAAUAUCUGCAGCGCUUCGUCUAGUUACGGGGAAAGCUCUAAAGCUGAAACAGCUCUGGCUCUUAACAGAAUGUGUGAUGAUAAAUUACGAAAGCUGGAAAGUAUACUGCAAGCAAGGUUACCAGAGUGUCGUCGAAGACUUAUCGAAGUUCAGAAAAUGACCGAGUUCGACAGGUUUGACAAAGACAAUUUCCGCUACGUCAACUGCGGGAAGCCGUAUUUUAAAGACAACCGGGGCUUCCCAGCUCCUGAAAACGAGGAUACCUUACUCAUGACUAAAUACCAAAUGUACAACUUCUCUGGGAUAUCCUCCGUCCCCGGGUGGACCGUUAAGGACAAGUGCCAACUCACGGAGCUCGUUUUGAAGAUGUCGAAGGAGAAAAAAAAAAAGGAACUGGAAAAAAAAAUUUCAAAUCUGAAACGUGAAAACAAAGAGUCAAAUUCAAAAGAAAUUGAGGAAACCAUAUCGGAUCUCAAGCGGCAGAUCCUUUGUGUAGAUAAAAUUCCUCUUAAGGCGUUAGCUCUUCCCAUAAAUGAGGAUUACGACUGGGACUAUGUUGCAAACAAACUAAGUGAUAGGCACAGUGCUCAGGAAUACAGAUCUCUUUGGAGAUUAUUCUUACAUCCGUCAAUAAAUAAAAGUACUUGGACCCGCUCUGAACAUAUAUCUCUGCAGAAAAUUGCUUUUGAGAAAAAACUGCAGGAUUGGGAUACCAUUUCUAAGGAGCUAGGCACUGGCAGAACAAACUACCAAUGUUUUGUUUACUUCCGUACUAACAUGAAUAACACAUUUACAAGUCGGAAAUGGACAAAAGAAGAAGAAGAAUACCUUAAGAGGUUAAUUGAAUAUUAUAAAGAAGAUAACUACAUUCCGUGGGGAAAAGUUGCAGCUACCAUGGAAAAUAGGACAAAAGUACAAAUUUAUAAUAAGUUUUUCAGACUAUGUGAACUUAGGAAAGGCAAAUUUCUACCCGAGGAAGAUUCCGUUAUACUCACUUGUGUACAACAUUUUGGGCCAAAUUUCAAAAAAGUGACGGAAUAUCUCCAAGGUCGAUCCGUGACACAGUGUCGAGAUAGAUACCAUGUCUUGAUGAAGCAACGAUUUUCAGCAGUUUGGACAGUAGAUGAAGAUCGUAAAUUAGUUCAACUUGUAGCUACCCAAGAUGUGUCCACAAAUUUUUCAACCGUAUCACAAUACUUUCCUGGAAAAGAUCGAGUGAACAUUCGAACCAGGUACAUAACUUUAUCUAGAUGGAUGAGAAGAAAUCCUAAUAUAGACAUUUCUCAUGCACCAAGACGUGGUGCUAGACGAUUAGGGCAUGGAAAGUCAACAGAAGAUCUAAACAGAGCCAUAGAGUGUUUAAAAAAACGUUUACAGUCUGAAGUGACUGACAAAAAAAAGAAAAAGAUUACAAGAGAUUCGCCUGAAGAAGUUAUAGACGAUGCAAUUGUAGCAGUUCUUACUACAGAGAACACAAGACUUUUGGAGGCGCAAAAGUUACAACACUGUCAAGAAGAACAAGAUAACUAUACAGUUGAGGAGGAAAUGAAGAAUUGUAAUAUUACAUUAUUACAAAAAAUUCUUAUGUUGUUGAAAGCAAAAUUAAAUAGACACAAGUUUGCUAAUAGCCCUGCACGUAACACUUUUCAAGGCUUAUUAGAUCCAGGAAUGGCCGCAAAUCUUAUUCAAUUUAGGUCAUAUUCAAAAAAAAAUGCUGUGAAAAAUGUCAAAAUGGAUAAAAAGAUAGACAUUUGGGGAAAUGGCACAUUAGGAAAGCUGUCUUAUGUAUUCCCACCGCAUUAUGCGACGAUAACUGGGUGCAAAAAACUGAUGUCCUAUUAUAUCAGCCCUAAAUCAGACAGGGACGAGACAAAGAAUGUUAAUAUUCUAAUCAAAAGAAAUCUUAUGGUAAAAGAUCAGGUUACCAUGUUAAUGGAGCGUUUCAAUACUCUAUUCCUCUGGCCAAUGCUUCUUUCUAAUGCAUCACCGGAAGAUUGUAAAACCAAUUUAAAAAAUUAUGUAUCUCCAUCAAAAUCGGUCAGAAGAUUAAUUACUUAUGAGAACUAUAAUUUCACGGAAAAUUUUAAUUUUAUAUUGCCACUACCUGAUUUGAAAAAAAUAGGAGAUGUUAAUGAAACUACCAUCGAUAUGGUUGAGUCGGAUGAUAACCACACUAUUAAUAAUGAUGCAAGUUAUUUUGACUCUCUCGUGGAGUAAUGUUUUUUUUUUUUAAUAAAUUCUGAACUUUAUACUUCACUAGUAAGAGAGAUGUAUCAUAUACCCAGCUUUGAGGGUAUAAGAUAUUUGUUAAUAAUGCAACCUCGUAACACGCAUGGAUGGAGUUGUGAAGAGAAAUCAAAUUCAUAUCUAAAAAUCAGCUAAUUAUCAAUGUACUUUUGAAGAUAGAGGUGUCAAUAUGAUAUAUGAGUGAAUGAAUGAAUACAUUUUUACUGUACAACACAUAGAAAUGCAGGAUAAUUGUAAAUAACAGGUUCACACAAUGCUUACAAUUUGUUGGCCUUAUCUUAAUUUAUUAAUAGUGUAAAACAAACACAGCUCAAAAAGUUAUGUGGUGCAUAUUACCUAAUAUAUUAAGCGAGGAGCUCU